CGCUUUAUUUGUAAUUUUGAUAAUGUUGGGUUUUGGAUGAGUUUUUGUCGAAAUUCACCAAACUGUUUCACUGAACUUGAAUAAACUGACUAAUGGGGAAGAAAAAGCUCAGUAGUUCUGAGGCUCCAUGUGAGUUUAUUUUCAGUGCACAUGGUCUGGAGAAUCUGGAGUCUUCGUACCCUACACUUUUAAAAGUUGCCGGGUCAUAUGAACUGCCUUUACUAGAUUUAUCUUCUAUUCAAAUGGAAUUGGAGCAGAUUCUCGUUAGCGUUGUGGAACGUAUCGUUUGCCUAAAAGCUGAGUCGGAACGCAAAGAUUUACCUCUUAAUGUCAUUUCUGCAAUAAAACGUCAUCAAGUUAAUAGUGAACCUGAAUCCAAUCAAACUUGCCUCUCCAAACCUUCGUUGGUUGUAAAAGCGAAUCCUGACAAACCACUCACUUUAAUCAUAUCUCAGCGUUCAGGCCCUUGUUCUACCUCUCAGUCAAUACUGCCUACUGUUUCAGCUGGAGUGAGCAAGGCCAAGCCUUCAGUCAAUGCAUUUGGCUUACGACGAUCUAGCAGGUCUUCUAUCGAAGAAGUAUCUGAACUGAAUUCCCCAUCAUCUACUGACAAAAAUCAAUUGGCCUUAAGUUAUGCUAUUCCAAACAAAUUUUGGGAGCUUAUGGAACCUUACUGUGCCGAAAUAACAGAGGCAAAUAUCAGUUACUUGGAGGGUCUUAUCCGAUCUUAUCAACACAUAGAAUCAAUUUAUUUUCAUCUACCUACGCUAAGACAAAGUGAAGCGUGUAAAAGUGAAACUAUCGAGGCACCAGCUCAAAAAAGACUUAGGCGUGAGUCUUCUCAUACUAUUCAUCAAUCAACAGCUGAUGAAUCUUCAUGUUCGUUUAACAACUGUAAUUCAUUCAUGACUGCAUCUCAAAUGCUCAAUGUAACUAAGUGUUUAGAAGCAGAACUUAAGAAACCCAUUCCUGAGUCUUCUAUGUUAUGCAAAAUAUCACAAACUCUCCUGGAAUCAUGUUAUCAAGAAGAUAUAUUGUCAAGUUUCAGUGGGAAACUAAAUUGCUCAAAACAAAAAGCUGUCUCGAAUCAUGAAGCUGAAGAUAAUUAUUCAGGUUGUACUGACCCUAGUGGAUCAGAUUAUGGCAGUGUAUCAACUGAGGCGUUGCCUACAAAUGGAUUUAACGAUCUUCAUGCUUCAAACACUAUGCAUUCACAAGUGAAUCAGUCAUUGUCUGGAUUAACCUUAGCAAAUCAUAGUUUGUCAAUUGACCCGAAUUCGAUCACUUUACAUGCUAGUCAACCACUUAAGAGUAUAGCCAAACAGUUUCAUGUCAGCUCAUCCUAUCGAGUAGAAAAGAAGAUUGCACAGGCGAUCGAUGAAUUAGGUUUGUUUCCACUCAAUAUUUUGCAUCCCAAAGCAUCUCCUGUGGUUGAGUCCAAAGAAGAUCUUAGCUCAAACAAUUUAUCAUCCACUCCAACAUGUAGUAAUCAUUCCUCUCGUGCUACAAAACUAAUUAUUCGAAAGAAUAAAAUCACUUCCUCAAAUUCUACAAAAUCGGGUUUGUUAAAGGUGUUGAAUGAUGGGCAAACACCACUUGAUCGAUGCUCUGGUCUUAAAAAACGCCGAAUAAUGAAUGACAAAACACUAUCCCCUUUACCAGAAGAUGAAAAUAAUGUGGUGUCUGAAACAAAUUCAGCUGAUUUUGUGGAUACUGAGAAUCCUCCCAUCGAAGUAUCAUCCUUAAAGAUAAGAAAUCCAGAUGUUAGUCCAGUCAAUACUACCAAAAAAGUCGAACGUUCUUGGCAUAAAAAGAUAUCGAAUCGAAAGAACUCAAGGAAGAAUUCUAAAACGCUGCGCUAUAAAAAUAGAUUACGGAACACUAUAAAUUGCAAAAAUGAAUUACUUUGCAAUGGAUUGUCUCCUGGUACUAACGAUUUAACAAUAUCUAAAAAAUCGGAUUGCACAUCUGGUUCCCAUAGAGACCAAUAUUCCCCCACCAUUAAUGAUACCGAAAACUCCAAUACCUCAGAUGACUAUCUUCAGGGACAUGAUCAGGAAGGUGAUGUCAGUCUUCCAUCAAGUCCCCAUAGACGUAAUAACUUUACUUCGCAGUUAUCAUGUGACAGUGAUAAACGAUCCAAUGAAUCAAGUUUAAUGCACCAUUCUCUAAGACAUAGUCAUUCCUCACCCUAUCAUUUGUCUGUGACUGAUUGUAAUGGAGAUAUCAAGCCUUCAAAAGAAUUCUUAGAAAAUCUUGAAGGAGCUCUUGUUAAUGGUGAUUCAUCAUUGUCUCAUUUUGAUACUGAGAAGUUGGUGGAACAUGAUCAAUCAAGAGAUAAACGGAAUUCAGUCUGCAAUACUUUUGAUGAAGAUUGUGAACCAGCUCAAAUAUUGGAAUAUGGAUCACAUCAGAAAGACGAAAUAUCGACCACUCCGUUUCAUAACAAUAGACUAAAGCUAAAAACGGAGUGCAACUGGCUGGAAAAUACAAAUAAAACAGAUCAUUUUGCAAGGAAGACUAGCCGUGAAACAUCUCCUUUGAUGCAAAAUACUGAUUUAAAGGUAUCGAAACCUUAUGUUGUUCCAAACACUCAGAACCACACGAUAUUUAGUUCAGAUACCGGAUCAACUACACAAUAUGGAUAUGUUGGUAGUGAUGAUAUUAGUUGGGCUAUAAUUCAGCGUCAACGAGAGCUAAGAUUACUAUGCACUGCCAAUCAUCGAGUCCUUCGACGACUUGUACAGGCAGCCAGAAGAGAUAUGCAGCGUCAAGAAAUACAGAGGCGUUUGGCAAUCGCAGAUGCCGAUGUUAUUGAAGCAUAUAACAGACUUGAAAGUUACCGUCCACACCGUAAACCUCCGUUGAAACGUGAUCGUGAUGUAGCAUGGAAAGCACUGAAGGAACGUCGCAAGAUACUCACGGAAUUGGAAGCAUUCGAUGCUAAAUCCCCUUAAUAUGUGAUUAUCAAUCGCUUUUUUUGAUCCACUUUCAACUGUAUAUAACUCGACUCUUAGGUUAACUUUUUUUUGGUUAAAUGUAAUAUAUUUUAUUGCAGUUAGAAAAUGGCUGCAUAUUCCUGUGUAUUAUCGAAAGUAAAGUUUAUAUUCUGUCUACCUUUGAGUUUUUUUUCUGUUCUGUUUCAACGUUUUUCCUUC